UGCGAUAACGCCACCGCUAUCGGCUUUAGAGGCCAGCGCGGUCCGAGGUCUAUUGUCUUGAUCUACUACCGCUACCACCUUCCACUAGAGUUACACCCAGGUUAUGUACGUGUCGAAAGGGAUUAUGUGUAUCAAGCGUCUGAGGGAAAAUGCGUGUUUGAGUGCUAGUUGAAGCUGUUCAAGGUGUAUGUUCCGUAUACUUCGCAUCCUGCCGGACCUAACCUAGUUUGUUGGCAUGUUUGGCAGCCAAAUUGGAGAAAGGCUAAGGUUUCCUCGGUAACUGCAUUCGGUGGUAACUGUGAUGUCGUUCGUAAAUCGUCACCCUUUACGGGCACCUCCGUCCUGCCUUCAGACGUUCCCUUGUUCCCUUUUGACUGAUCUUAGACUGGGCAAGAUAGAGGCUUCGUGUCUGUGUUUUUGCUUUGUCUCUCCGUUAUCGCUCGUUCAUUAGAAAUGCUGCUAGACGAACCAAAAGAAAUGCCUCAAAACGAGCAUCGCCAACAGUAUGGCAAUCCACACAGACUGUACAAGCUCGAAUUUUAAAGGAAUGGCAGAAUAAACAAAACGGUGCACUACCAAGUGGAACAGCAUCUGUAGCAGUCGGACGCAACGAGUGGAGAACGACGUUCGAAACCUUGAUAUUCCCAUCACUAUGUUGAGGCUGUAAUAGGUUUUGUUAACUGUGAACGUUCGUGUGACACCAAAUGCGAAUGUACAAUCGGGUGCAGCCACGAGGAGAGGGAGAAUAUUUGAGGUCGUCAGACGGCCACGCCAGGGUCAUUGGUGCUGCCGCCAGCACGAACAACAGCGGAAGCACAAGAAAUAGCAAUAGCAGUCAAUAUAAACUAUGCUAUGCGUCAUGGCCUCAGACAGGCCCCUGAAGCCUGCUGAAUAUCUUUUUCCAAGGGCUUUGCCAAGUCUCUCUAAGCUUUGGUAAUAGUUGCGAUAGCCGCCAAUCUAACAGAACAAGUAGGUAAAUCCUGAUCAUGUCUUCGCGCGCGCGUGUAGGCGUCGCAUACGUAAUCACCACAUUAUACGAAGAGAGUUUCCGUUCAGUAUUGACAGUGCGCGGUUAACAAGUAAGACAUAGAUGAGGCAGGCGGGAAGCAGGCUCAAGGCAAGAUGAACGUGUCCGUUCGGCAAAGCGCUUGUCGAAUACCCUCGUCACGUCAGAGCCAGUGGUCCUGGAUAAUCUAUGCGAAUAUCAAGAGAUAAUGUUCGAUGUCCAGCAAUAACUGAGGUCACCGAGUUCGGAUAUUGAUGCAAAAAUCUGUGGGUCAGUUGGAGAAAAACGCAACCGGCGGAGAGACUGCUAAGCAGGUGUUUCGCUUCCGAUGUCCUGUGUGAGCAACGACGAUUACGUUGAUGAAAUUAUUUAAUAGUUGACAGUAGCUAGUAGUGUUCGCCAACGGUGCUAGCGACAUUAAUGAUAGCAACUGUUAUUACGAUAAAUCAACAGUGCAAACCAAUCGCAAGCUAUAGAAAAUUUCGCGCUGCACCUAUACACAGUGGCGCAUAAUGUACAUGCAUUGUCAAACAGUGACUCCUCAACAAAGGAGUUGGGUAGUUCUCACUGGUAAAUGGUGCUCAUUAUUAAUGGUGACGGUAAUGCUAUCCUUAUGGUAUAAAAGGACACUCAAUAAGGAGAGCAGGAAACCUCUUAAAAACUAGAGCGAAUUAAAUAUUAACCAUAGAACGCUUAUGUUAAGUUGAAUAUAAAACCCGAAAUCAUCCGGAUCCUCACCAGAUAUCAAGGUCUAUCACAGAAAAAGCUAAAGGGAAGGUGAGAAUCGUCGUCAAUGAAGGCUCAGAAGGAAAAAAGGACGAACUUCGAAAAACCCAAACAAGUGGACUACGAAUGGCGGGUAAAAAUUAAACGAGGUUAAAAUUUAUUCCCAGUAUCUACAAGGCAUUUACUCUACAACUACCUCCGCCACAACGACAGAAUCCAUUUCGGAAGGAUCAACGCCGUCCGUACAACAGUGUGACACGUCUAGGAUAUUGUGAGGUGGUGGUGUUUAUAGCAAAUAUCAGUACAUAGUAAAUUAUCGUUUCCAGUGCUAACUACGAGACUGCAAAAAAAUAGUGUACUUAAUGAUUGAUAGAAUGCCGCUAUUAUCUGUGCAUACUCGUCAAUUUACGUAACAUUCCAUAUAAGGCGGCACAAAGAAACGGGAUCAAUGUGCGUCUGACAUUAAUGAGCCCGAGUCAUUAGCGUUCACGGCCUAUGCAGUGAACAUCUACGCCGUUACGUUGUUUCGGCGUCGUACGGUCACUUGCGAUGUCGCAGAGCGGGCCCGUGGCCCAUCAGUGGGCUGAUGAAGAUACGAAAUCGGGCUGGAAUUGUCUGCCUUUCAGCUGGCUUUUCCAAAGUCCCUCAGGGAAGCAGAAGUUAGCCCGAGUCCUACCGAAAAGUCAGACCUUCGUUUCGGUAGCCCGCAAGGAGGUGCGACUGCACGAACCCGUUGCGCGAUCACUGUCGGCAAACGACGUGCCUACCUCGGACGCGGCUGUCGCCAAUCUAUGCCAGCUGUGCUUGUGUGUCGUCAGCUUGAAACGCUGUAUGAGACUUGAACCGUGCGCCCACUCGUUUUGUGUCGAAUGCCUUGAGCAGCACGCUGUCGUGUGCGUACAAAAUGGCCGGGCAUCGGUACCAUGUCCGCAUACCAACUGUGACAUGGACCUGAGAGAGCCACAGGCCCGUCUCUUACUAAAAAAUCAGCCGAGGCUUCUCGAACGCUGGCAAACACUUCUUCUUAAUGAACAGAUCACGCGUGACCCCCUACGAAUGUUCUGUCCAGGUCCGUCUUGUGAAAACGUCUGCGAUCUGCCCAAACCCACCGUAGACCCGUAUGGUCUACAAUGUUCAAAGUGUCGAUACACGUUCUGUGUCGUGUGUCAGGAUGCGUGGCACCCGCUAAAGGAUUGUGAUCAGGCUACAAUCCUGCAUAACCUCCUACAGGAUAUACAAGGUAUCAAGCGAUGCCCACACUGUAGCGUAUUAAUUGAACGCGAGGAUGGAUGUGCGCAAAUGCUGUGCAAAAACUGUCGUCAUGUUUUUUGCUGGUUUUGUCUCGCUUCACUCGACGACGAUUUUCUACUACGUCAUUACGACCAUGGACCGUGCCGCCACAAACUUGGACAUUCGAGAGCCUCCGUUAUGUGGCACAGGACUCAGGUGCUCGGUAUCUUCGCGGGGUUUGGUUUCCUGGUGCUGCUUGCCUCCCCGUUACUCAUUUUGGCAGUACCUUGCAUUCUGGGCGGGAAAUGUGGGGCUCGCUGUGCAACCUGUGCCACUUCGGGUCAAGGUGACGCCGAUGACACUGCGAAUAAGCCACCUCCGCCACCUGCCGCUCUCUGAGGCAGCAGGCAGGUUGAUCAGCUGUCGAAAGCACAGUUUCCAUUGACAUCGCUGUGACAUCCUACAAGGACAAUAAUAUCCCAAUUGACAGCAAACAACGAACGAGAGGCGUAGUAGAACGUGAGAGACAAAAAAAAAAAAGUUUAAUUUUUAAGUUAGAGAUGUCGCGUUUUAUUGCUCCGUGGAAUCGACUGUAGAAACAACUUGACGACACCGUCUCUUUCCUCAGUUAUAAAAUCCACCACCUUUGACCGACUCAGAAACGGUUUCAAUAUUAUAUUUCUCCGAAAAUUUCAUAGGCGGAGUCGGUUCGUUAAGAGUUGUUAGGAAGUUUGUCUCAGUCAGCGAGAAAGUUACUCUACGCCAAUAGCUGUUUGAAUUUCCGUGAUUCUCACUUGCUCCAUGGUAUGGUGUAGCUAGACUGUCUAAAAUCGGUGAACAGUUUAGAGUUCUUCCUCGUUGUUAUGCUGGGCCUUAUGCGUACGACCUGCAGGAAAUGUUUGAUGGUGGGAGUUAUCGAAAGGCGCCACAGCAGGUAUCGACAAGCAGACAGAUGUGGUCAUUCCCAGUAUCAAUGGCGAAAAGUAGGAGCGAAAAAAAAGUUACUAAACGUAACACAGUAGUAGCUACAAGUAACAUGCAUAGGCAAAACUUGAAGGAGCCUCAAAAGUACUGGCAAAAGGAUCGUAUAAAUAAGAGUUUGAUGUCGUAUCGGAUGCAACAAGCUAACUAACAGCAUUCGCCACCCAGAUGAAUCCGGAAACCAGAACGGUUCAGGACUUUGUAAUCAUCAACUUUUGCAGAAACGAAAUACCUCGGGAGUUUACUCCCGCCCACCUCGCAAAGACAUUGCUUGUUGGCCAUCAUGAUAGGUUCAAAGAUAACUUCACUACGAAUUCAUCUAUUUAUUACUACAUGCUAUCUAGGACAAAAGCGUCCAGAUGAAGUUCACACCUUAAAACGAAAGCUUCAGGCGAAGUCGUGCCGCUAAAAGUGUUCGACAGUUAGCAGCUCCUAAUGCUGUUAACUCUCAAAUCCACGCCUUCAAUGAUCGUUUAUUUUAUAUGCCCAUAACUGGAUUCAACCUCAGCCGCUAUCAUUGUCAUCUGCCUAUAAAAGUAAAACAAGCGUAUCUACAGGUAUACCGAUCCACUCUAUGAAACAGCCUCAUUUUGGACUUCAUCUGCAUGAGCAGAGGGAACUUCACUAGGAGUUAUACGUAAAGCAGCUACAUCGAGACUUCAUUGAAUUGCUCAGAUUUUCAGAAAUGAAGUUUGUUCAUCAUCACUUCGGGCUUUCAUGUCACUUACAGCUCGUCUUCCCUCUUUGUUUAUCAUUAGGUGAGAAAAAAAAUUUCAACUUUCGAAUAAAGUCGUCGAUGCUACUACCCACUAAGGUUAGGCCCCAUUCCGAUGUCCUAGACACUAUUAUUGUAUGCGAUGCAAAUAUUUGCUGGCUUGCGAGAAAACGCUUUGUCAACCUCACAGCCCAUCCUCUAUAAUGAAGGAUUGUGUCGGUUGCGAAUAUAUAAUAAUUCAUAGAUUAGGCUGGAGUAUACUAUGAUACAGGGGAUGCAUUAUACAAAUAGCUGAGGCACAGAGCAACAAAACUUAGGACGACAUCUCUUUUUAGAUAAAGGUUAAUGUCAAACUCCCGUUUACGGGUACAGGGUCUCUCACUUCCGGCUAUUUUCAGCGGUAGCGUGGAGUUUAGGCCAGCUUUUUCUAACUACAAUGUUACCCCCAGUAAAUUAACUCUUUUUUUUGGCCCCGGAAGGCUAAUUGAACAGACCCUUUAGGUUAUAGUAAACAAAAUGUAUUGGGCAACACAACAUUUCUAUGCAACACUGGCCGGACUGCACCAUUCUAUAUUUAGAUUCCCAUAAAUUCUCUCUUGCGUCAACCAGUUGUUUUCAAUAAUACUUUACAGGUAUCUGGCCUUAACUAGAUGGGUAGCGUUUGUAUGUUCUAAUACCGUCCGCAUACGUCAUGAUCUAUAUGUAUUGUGGUAAUAGUUGCAGCUCACGGCAAUUGCUCUGUUUGAAAAAUUUGUUUGAUUUCCUGGAUCCAGCUACCCUCUCAUUUGCUAUCAUAUGACGCACACAUAACGGCGUACAAUUAUAACGGCUAAAUGCAGUACGUCAUAUAACCUCUGCCUGUGAGAAGACAUUUUGCAUGUGUGUGUAUGUCAACGUAGAUUCUCAGAUGCUUUGCUAUCCGCCCACCAGCAACAUUCUGGCUGGUUGUAGCGUGUUGUACAGAACAGAUUAUACAACAGAUAAAGCAGAACCAGUAGAACAAGUAAUCUUUAGAACAUUGGCCGGUCUCUAUAUGUACCCUGCAAUAUCUCACGUAGGGAACUAGCCGUUACUCAGCGGUUGGCAUUAGUCGAGUCAUUAAUACAAUGCCCAAAAGGAUCGAUAUGCUCGCAUAAGGGUGCGAUCUGGUGGUCAGUCCCAAUCAUUACGUAUCGUAACGAAGGAAAGAUAAGCCAAUAGCGGUUAGAAGAGGUGGUAAAAGAUAGACGGACAGAUCAAGCAGUCUUUUUUAGAUUGAAAUCUGGACAAAAUGAGAAAAAUAAUAUUAAAGAAAGUGUAAGAAACAAGGGACAAACAUGUACAAUACACGUUGAAAGGGAAGGUACGCGAGAUGUAGUUUCGAAAAAAAUAACUGGUAAUCAGAUGAAAAUAACAGGUUCGUUACGAUAGGAACAAAAUCAGACAAAAGGGAAAGAGUCGUUAAAUUUUGUAAGGGUCAUGUCCGGGACUAUGCAUAUCACUCUAAUUUACAAACUGAGCUAAAAGUAAGCACAAAUUAAGAGAUGCGAAACUGAUGUAUGAAUCAAUAUUUGCCGCCGUUUGCAUUGCCCUUGGCAUUUCAUCAAUGAAAAGCACAAUCGAGUUUACGCGAAUAUGACAAACCCAAACAAAGCUGACCCCUCUAGUUGGGAAAAGGGAACACCGAUGAAUUUCAACGGUAUAUGUAAUAUAUGACCGCGAAAGACAAAGAGAGUUAUACAAUAAUAAUAAUAAGAUAACGAUAGCCGAAAUAUAUAAUAGCUGCUUUUUUUGAGGGGUGGAAGGGCGGCAAAAUGCUAAACGCGAGAAAAUAAACGUAGAGCUACCCAGAAAGCUUGCCCUGCUAGCUUCUUAUGAAAAAGGUGGCAUGCAGAAAGCAGAGUUGAACGAGUGAGUUUUAUACACAGUGGCUAUUGUGGCUACCUUUUAAUGGUUCUUUCGUCAAAUAUACAUUAUAUACACAUACAGUACAGAUAUGUAAAGCUAAUUAAUGAUAAAAAUUACCACAUAAGCCAAGUUGUAGACUAGUGUAAUGGAACGGACAAAGCUCGUGCUGGAAGUGAUAAGACCGCAGAGAACUCACGAAACGGAAUAACUAGCUUCAUACACAAUGGCGAUAGGAAAGACACUACGAAUCGCUGCGAGUGAAGAAGAAUCAAUAUGAAGAAAAAUGAAGAUUAGCGAACUCGAUAUUAGCGUUUUCGGAUGAUUACACGAUACCACCGUUAGACCCGUUUUCUAUUUCAUUCCGACUUGUUUCACAGACCUUGUCGCUUUCUAGCCGAAGACUCGAUGCGAUCAAUACCACAUUGCCAUCCAGUACACAGUGCACAGAACGAGAUUUCUCCCUUUUAACUGCAAAGAUGUCGCGGUGCAGGGUAUUUAGUUGUUGCGUACCGAACGAGAAUAAAGGUUUGUCCCUUCCAAAGCACAUUUUUCUACCGAGUCAAAGAAGAGCACAAACGGAUACAGUUAUAUAUGAACAAUGAAAUCCACCGCCAUUUCCAAUCUAGUUUGAUCACAGUUCGUAUCCAAUGAUGGAUGGGGACGUUGACGAUUCAUCGGAAACCAAGCGUCUACCGUAAUGUAAAAUUUCUACGAUUCAAAUUGAUGUGACGACUCCAAUUCGGUAAUACUGUAGAUAAUGAUGAUGAUUUCUACUUGAGUAAAACGUUCUAUAUUUGAGUAAUCUCGCUUCAUUCCUUCAUGUGCGGAACCGUCUGGAAGGGUAUGGGACGACGGCGAGCCUGUACGAAGAUGUGUGAAUGAACGUAACGCUUUGAACACUUUUCGGCCGUGUUCUACUCCAGUCUUCAAUGAAAGCGUACGAAACAGACUUACAUGCUUGUGAAGCGUGAUUUUUGUCACUAAACGAAUAUUAGUUUAGAUAUAGAUCAUGAAGAUUACGACGACGACGACGACGACGACGGCGGCGGCGGCGGCGGCGGCGGCGGCGGUGGUGGUGAUGAUCAUUGUGACGAUGACCAUAACUAUGAUAAAAAUAUAACAUCUUCUUGUUUAUAGCGUGUGCGCCCAAUGCUUAGUGCAAUUAGGAUGUUAUAAUAGUAGGGGCUUAGCCAAGUGGUGCAUACUAUGAAAUCAUGCAUCAACUACCAUUAUCAAUAGUAUUAUACACAAAACAUGAAUGAUAAAAAUAUAUAAGCCGAUAUUUGUGUAACUCAACAGCUUUCAGGUGUUGUUUAGUUUUUUUUUUGUUGUUGUUGUUUAUGCUUCUGCUAUCGUUGUACUAGUAACAA